CACAGGACGCUCUUUGUCUAGCCACCUAGCUAAGGCAUUUAUCAACCAAUACUUCCCGUCGCGGGUGCUUUCUCCCCUGUCAACUUAGGAAGUGUCAAAACACAACAAUCUUUCUGUAUUAUUCGCAUUCAACACUUAAUCACAAACUAUAAAUAGAUAGUCUAAAACAUCGAAAGACUAGUAGGCCGGUGCUAUUCAGGUUGACAUACGAAUGUGCUGUCUGUGAACAAAAUGUAGAGAGGAUUUGCUGUGUGUUGAAAACAAGUUUCGAAGUUUACUGAAGAAAGAAGUGAUCAACGAGCGCCAGCUUUCUCAUCGGACCUUUCAUUGAUUACAGCUAGGCCUAGCCUAUUUUUUAUCCCCAGUUUGUCAGUGUAUUAGAGGAAUUAUGAAGAAUGAUAUCAUCAAGUGGAUGUUAGUUUUGUUGGCAACCAGUUGUAAAUGUAUGAAAUCCAGAGAUCGUUUACCAAACAUCAUUCUGAUCUUAACUGAUGACCAAGAUGUUAUGUUAGGAUCCAUGUCUGUGAUGAAUAAAACCAAGGAGUAUCUUGGCAAAAAUGGUGCUAACUUCAUCAAUGCAUUCGUGACAACUCCAUUGUGCUGCCCUUCUAGAAGCAGUAUACUCACUGGAAUGUACGAGCAUAAUACUGGUGUUUUUGACAACCAGGAAACCUGUGUCUCAAAGGAGUGGAUUGAAGGGCCAGAAACAAGAAACUUUGGAGCUUACCUUCAGAAAAGUAAAUACAGGACAGGUUAUUUUGGGAAAUAUUUGAAUCGAUACAAUGGCUCGCAUAUACCGGAAGGUUGGAGGGAAUGGGUUGCUCAGCUACAAAACUCAAGAUAUUACAAUUAUUCAAUUAAUCGUAAUGGCCAAAUUCAUAGACAUGGCUAUGACUAUUAUCGAGAUUAUUUUCCUGAUUUAAUAACAAAUGACAGCCUGACCUUCUUCCAUCUGUCCAAGAAAAAUUACCCCAAUCUUCCUGUUGCCAUGGUAUUAUCGUAUCCAGGACCACAUGGACCUGAAGAUGGCGCUCCUAUGUAUCAACAUCUGUUCGAAGGCAAUCAUCUUCACCGAACACCGACCUGGAACUAUAUGGAAAAUUCCGACAAACAUUGGAUUAUUCAAGUAAUGGAAGAGAUGUCAGACUUGGAGAUUGCCUUCACGGAUGCUUUGCAGCGCAAGAGGCUUAUCACUCUCAUGUCAGUUGAUGAUGCCAUUCAGAGGUUAUGUCAAAAACUAGAAUCACUGGGAGAAUUGGACAAUACAUAUAUUAUAUUCACCUCUGACCAUGGCUAUCAUCUAGGACAGUUUGGAUUGGUGAAAGGAAAGUCAAUGCCAUACGACUUUGAUAUCCGUGUCCCUUUCUACAUCCGAGGACCUGGUAUUCCAGCAGGAAUUGAGGUCCCAAAUACGGUACUGAGUAUUGACAUCGCACCAACAAUUUUGGACAUGGCGGGAGUGUUAAUACCGGAGCACAUGGAUGGCGUCUCAAUUCUCAAUCUUUUCACACAUUCAAAGAUGGAAUGUAAAUGGAACCGACUUGGAAUGCUGGAGCAAAAGUGUUGGAAGUACAAAAAUUUAAAGGGACCAAAUGGGAAGAAAAGGAAAGUUUUCCGUUAUGUAGGAUCUAAACCCUGGAGAGAUACUUUUCUUGUAGAAAGAUCGAGAACAGAUGAAGAAUUGGAGAAAUACUACAACAAGACUUCUAAGCUACAUGGUGGACAGUUGUCUAAAGAAGAUAAAUUGCGAGAAGAGUGUGAAAAAAUUGAAUAUGUGUCACCUUGUAAACCAAAACAGGCUAAAGAGUGUAUAUUACUGGCAGAUGGAUCUUACCAAAUCAGAAAAUGCAGACAUCGUCAACUGUUGCCAGUCAAAAAUGAAAAUCCAAACAAAUGUGAAUGUCCAAACCAAAAGAAGAAUGGACGAAUGAACAAAGAAGAGAAGAAGCAGCAACGAAACUUUUUGAAACAACAUGUUAAUAAAGAAAAUAUUCGGCUUGGACGCUUUCUAGAAAGUGACGAAUCGCCAUAUAGGACUCCUGUAGUUGUGAAUGAUGAUGCUAACAUAUAUCAAGCAGAUAGUUCUCUACUUAAUCAUGUAGUAGUUGAUCCUAAAUGUCAAGUUUUUCCAAACUAUACAGUUUAUUGCAUUCCAGAUGUGUUUUCCUCCAGAAAGGCAUUACAGGAGCACAAGGCAUUUCUCCAAAAACAAAUUGAUAAUGUGCAAAUGCAGUUGCAAUACUUAAGACUUAUCAAAAAUUUCUUGCAAGAUAAAAAUGUAAUAGAAAGCCAAGAACAAAAGUGUGUUUGUCCAAAAAGCAAGGAUGAAAUGGAAAAUAAGUAUGGAGAAGAACGACAGACCCGUGGAAGAAGAAAAAACAAGCAAGACCCUCAAGAGAAAAAGCAAACAAGAAUUGAGGCUCGAAAAGUAUCAAAGAAAAAGAACAGGAGAGAAAGAAAAAAAGAAUUGGUAUGUAAUAAACCAUAUAUGAACUGCUGGCAACAUGAUAAAGACCACUGGAAGACUCCACCAUAUUGGACAGAUGAGAAAGUAUGUGGUUGUUCCCAGUCUAACAACAACACAUACUGGUGCCUGAGAACCGUAAAUAAAACACAUGAUUUUCUAUACUGUGAAUUUAUUACACAAUUCGUAGAAUAUUUUGAUCAUCGAAAUGACCCUCAUCAGAUGUAUAAUUUGGCACAGGAACUAAGUACUGAAACAAGAAGACAGCUACAUGAACAACUUGCAGAAAUGAAGACUUGUGUUGGCAAUAAAAAUUGUAUAGAAAAAUCAUUUAUUUAUCAUAAGAAACCAAAAGCAUCUAGUAAAAAACAAAGAAGGGGAAGAGCUUCUUGACCAACACAUUCAUAUAGUUUCCUUGGUGUGGUUCAACGGGAGAAAAGGCCCAGAGGCCUGCUCUUGGUGAUGAUGAAAGGGAUGAGAUUAAAAGAUAAAUAAAUUUGAAGCUCAUGCCUUCAGAUAUUUAUUGAUGAAGGGAUAAAACAUUUUACAACUAGUCAAAAACACAACCUAACUUUCAAACAAAUAGAAGUAGAAUGCAGACAUUUGUACUGUAUCUCAAAUUAGACAACUUAGAAGUCAAAUGCAGCUGACUGACUCGCCCAAACAAAGAAUUUAAAUGGUGCUUUUAAGCUAAAAAAAAAAAAAAAUUAUUUUUUUUAUAAUGGAAUCAAAUUAAUGAAUUGGUAUGUUUCAAGACCAAUAAAUUAAUUUGUAUGUGAAAUAUGUGGAUAGAUAGAAUAUUUUACCUAAUACACAAACUUAAACUGAUGAUUGUACGAGAACAAUAAAUAUUUUACUAUUCUAUGCAAAUGGUGUAGUAUACUAUCUGAUUUUAAUGCAAUAUUCGAUUCAGUCUCAUGAUAAAUUGUGCUGUAAACUUCUUUUAUUUAUUUUAGAACGUGAAAUCACAAAAUUACAUUGUUAUGUUCAAAUUAUCUCAUUACAGUGUCAUAUUGUGAUCCAUAAUUAUCGUAUUAUAACAAUAGUUUCAAAAAAUACUUCAAAUAGUACCAUACCAAAAUGCUAUAUAAAAUAAUAGGAAUUCUCAGAAUUAGAUUAAAUUACUUGAGACCAAUUGAUCAUGAGAGCAGACUAAUAAAAUCAAAUGAUCAUGAAAUUAAAGUGCCAAAAUCAAAUAUUCAUGAGGCCAAAUGAUUAUGAGAUCAGUUUUUUAAACGAUCACAAAAAUUUCGUGAGAUCAGAGUGUAGAUCACAUGAUCAUGAGAUGUGUUAAAUGACCAUGAGAUAAAUAUUAGAUCAAAUGUUCAUGAUAUCUGAGUGUUAGAUCAAAUGAUAAGAUUAAUUAGGUCAAGUGAUCAUGAGAUCAAUUAGCUCAACUGAUCAUGAGAUAAAUUAGGUCAAAUGAUCAUGAGAUCUAUUUGGUCAAGUGAUCAUGAAAUAAAUUUGGACAACUGAUCAUGAGAUCAGUUAGGUCAAAUGAUCAUGAGAUCAAUUAGGUCAAAUGAUCAUGGGCUCAAUUAGGUCAAAUGAUCAUGAGAUUAAUUAGGUCAGGUGAUCAUGAAAUCGGUUAGUCCAAAUGAUCAAGAGGUCAAUUAUGUCAAGUAAUCGUUAGAUCAAUUCAGUAAAUGAUAAUGAGAUCAGUUAGGACAUAUGAUCAUGAGAUCAGUUAGGUCAAAUGAUUAUGAGAUCAAUUGGGUCAAAUGAUGGUGAGAUCAGUUAGGUCAAAUGAUCAUGAGAUCAGGAUGUUAGAUCAAAUAAUCUUGAGAUAAGUUAAAUUGAAUUAUCAUGGGACAUCAUUGGUGAUUAGACCAGAGUGUUGGAUCAAAAAUGGUUAUGAAAAUGUUGAAUCAAGGAUGGUGGCGACGGUGGUUAAUAAGAUAAAUGUUUUAAAGCAAAAAAUCAUAAGUUCAAAUAAUUGCAAAUCAUUAAAGUUGUGUGGUUAAAUCAUUGAACGUCAACUAAGACUGACCAAAUGAUCAUAAGGUCAAAAGUUGUUUAAGAUCAUUCAUAUUUAUUUAGUAAAGUUAUAACUUUAUUGACAAUGAUUGUAAAAUCAGAUGUUUUAGUAAGUCAUUAAGCAUUCAUAUAUUAUAGCUGUGAGUUCAUUGUUCUUGAAAUUUUAGUAAACACUUAGUCUUAUGGAGAUUUUCAAUAAAAAGAGCCAAAUAUGUUUUUACAAAUUA